UGCUUCAUGAACUUGACGAAUAUGCAAUCCUUAGAGGACCUGUACCAACUUCAAGAGUUUCAAUUUGAUGGACCACGUGGAUAUUACUAUAAAGUCACUACAAACACAAAUGCCAAUACAUAAGGCUGGUGUUGAUACCAAAUCCUCUGGUACCGACAAUGCUGCACAAAAACACCUCUAUGCUUGGCAAUUAUUACCUGAUGAGGAGCUGCAAAGGAUUUCAUACAAUUCUCGCAAGCAGCAGCAAAAAAGACUAAUGGAAAACCCACCAAAAUGUCCCACUUGCCCAAAUGCACGUUUUACCUCAAUCGCCAUGCUCACAACUCAUUUAUCGUCUAAAAAGCACCUUGCAAGAGUAAAGCAGUUACAUAAAGAUCAAACCUCAGUAUCCACAGUUGAUCCUUCCAACAAGUUCUCAAAACCGACCUCUGCACUAUUAAAGCCCGAAAAAAACAACCCCAUUGAAGAGGUGGAAGUAUCACGCCGGCAAGGAGCAAAACAACGAAGAAGACAACUUGAAAGAGCCAUAAAGAAGGCAAGGUCUCGGAAACAGAGGUUAGCUGACUCAGGUGAUGCAGGACUAAAGAUGAACUGGAUAUCCAAUGAAAAAACGCAAGACAAGAAUAAGAAUGAUCGUCCUUCGAAACAAACAUCUAUAACACACAUCUCGGCCCCCCGUCUGUUAAACCAAACAGAUAUAAGUAUAGCAGCCGCUUCCCAGACACAAAGUAGCUGUACGAAAAAUGCAGGACAACGUGCAAUGCCAUCAACUCUUCUCAACGAAACUUCCAUCAAUGCAACUCAAGCUCAUUGGUAUUGUUCUGUUUGCGGGUCACGUUGGAAUAGGUGGAAGGCAUGGCUAGGCCACCUCCUUAGUGCACAGCACUUGCGUCAUGUAUUACGCACUAUGAAACAGGUAGCUCUACCAAUUGCUCCAUAUAGAAGAAUAGAUGUGGCUGCAUCAAAAGAUGUUUUCGGGUGGGGCACUGGUGCAGGUAUCGUUGAGGAAGAAGAAGUAGAAGAUGAAGGUGAGGUGAAAUAAGCUAAAGAGAAAAACCUUAUUUGUUCCAAUCCUCUUUCGUCAACAGACCCCACGAUCAAUAAAAGUCAGACUCAG